CGCUUGACGCCGCUGCGCAUGCGUCGGUUCAAGGGUUGUGUACAUCACAUUUUCGAAAGCUGGGCCACAUCACAGAACGGAGGCACUGUUGUUUGGUGAUUUUUGUGGAUCCUGGAGCCGUAAAAUUAUGCGGAGACGGAAAAACAUGCCUAGGACUUGAUGUACUGUCGUUUGGCGUGGCUGUGGCUUGGUGCAGUUGAGGAGAAAAAUGCGCGCAACCUUUUAUAACUUUGCAUCUCUGAAUCUCAUCUCUUGCUUGACUUGGAGGAUGCGAGAUGCUAUGUUGUUGUUCUUGACAGAGUUUUAGAUAGCUAGGCAGAGGUUUCAGUAGUAAACGAUGCGAUUCCUGUACAGGAUGGGCCUACUGGCUGGCCUAGGCGCAGUAGCGCUGUUCGUGUUUGGAUAUUCCCUACUGAACCCUUCUUCAGUGGCCGCCGUGGACCACGAUCCAGACUCGCUCAGAAGUGGUGAACGCAGGAAACAACUCGACGAUCGUGCCAAUGUUGCCAAGAAGAACUUGAAGAAGCUAGAACAAGUACAAGACAGUUCCAAGGGAGACCAAGAUGCUCCGCAACAAGCGAGGUUUGGUGGUGGACUCCCAGGCGACAGGCUGCCCGCUCUAACCUGCCCUGUGCCUACUAUGGGUUACUGGUUCCCACCUGAUGCAUGCCCACUGCUCCAACCUCUCUGUGGACUGUAUGUCUGUAGCCCGGAUAAGGAGGCCAGUAUGCACCUGGCAGUGGUUGCCUGUGGAGACAGGACCAAUGAGACUCUGGUGAUGCUGAAGUCUGCGCUGGUUUUCAGCAACACGAAGCUUCACUGCCACAUCUUCGCCGAGACGGAGCUUCACUUCGGAUUCAGACAACAGAUAGACUCGUGGCCGGCCAGUAUCCACGAGAAGCUGAGCUACACCAUCUACCCCAUCAUGUACCCUCCUGGGGAGAACAGCCAGGAGUGGAAAAAACUCUUCAGGCCGUGUGCUUCACAGAGACUCUUUCUACCAGAGCUUCUGACAGAAGUGGACUCCCUCCUGUACGUGGACACAGACAUCCUCUUCCUCUCCCCCAUGGAGAACCUCUGGAACUUCUUCUCUGCCAUGAACAGCACCCAGCUGGCCGCCCUUGCCCCUGAGCAUGAGGUCAAGUCCAUCGGCUGGUACAACCGGUUCGCGCGUCACCCGUACUACGGAGAGACCGGGCUCAACUCGGGAAUCAUGCUCAUGAACUUGACCAGGCUACGAGCCUUCCGCUUCCAGGACAAAAUCAUUCCUUACUAUAAAGAGUACAAGCUUAAGCUGACAUGGGGAGACCAGGACCUGUUAAACAUCUUCUUCCACUACUAUCCAGAAAGACUGCUGGUGUUCCCGUGUGAGUGGAACUACAGACCAGACCACUGCAUGUACAUGCAGAACUGCAAGUCGGCCGAAACUCACGGCGUCAGGAUGGUCCACGGCUGCCGGAGGGUCUUCUUCAACGAGAAGCAGCCGGUCUUCAAGGCGAUAUACCAAGCACUGGAACAGCACCAGCUUGGCGCAAACACCUCCCUGCUUGUCGAGGACAUGAAGGCCAAGAUGGCAGCACCUGAGGUCCAGGCUUCCAGGUGUGGCCAGGUGUCCAACUUGUUUCUCAAACGGGUGGAAACGGCUGCAGCUGCUGCACCUUAAUGAGGGCCUGCAAGGGGGGUCCCGACAACGCUCUACGCUGGACUCGGAAACUUCUCGAUUACGCUUUACGAUAAGUUCCAAGUGGCCACAACGCAUUACGUAGAAUUAAAAGAAUUAAAACAGCCGAUUACGCUCUACGGAAAAGGGCUUGCGGGCCCCCCUUGACAACGGCUCAUUUUUAUUCCAGAUAGAUAUAGACUACAACACGGGGUAUGCGGAAUACGCCGUGUUUUAUUUUAUCUAUGUCAUACCCACCCAAGAAAACGCGCCUCACAAUGCGAAACGAGCGAAAAUUUGGUGUCCGUAAACCCAAAAAGAGCUACAGCAUCAAUUCCAAUGUGCGAAUUCUGUAUACGAAUUUUCAGAAGCGGCGCACACGGUUAGGGCAAAACCCGUUUGAAUCAUUCUAUGGAAGACUGGACUGUACCGUUAAGGACGCCCCGGUCCAGAAUACUGUUAUCAAUAGGUUUUAACCGCCAGGGUAUGAUAUAAAGGCCAUAUCCUACAACCUCUAAAUCCAUGUUUAAAGUUCAGAUUCAGAAGAGAAAAACCAAAAGAAAUCAUCAGACUCCUAUCAGCUUUCAAGACAAAGUGUAAAGUAUUUUUCAUCUGCUUCAGUUCUGAUACAUGAAGUAACAGGAUGUAUGAUUUUAUACAUAAUGCAUUAUGAAACCAAAGGUACAAAUUGCUAAUAGCAACGUUUAAAUGUGAACAUUGUUCCAACAGAAGGCUAUCCUCAGGGCUAGUGAUGCAACACGUUGGCAGAACGUACUGUGCCUGCGUAAAACCCAGAUUUUUUAAACAGUUUUCGUUGGCUGUUUUGUCAACGUUGCAUCAGAAUUUUGCCUGUUGCGGAUGGUAAUAUCUUCCCCAACACAAUAUUUGGAAACUAUAGACGGGAUGCCAUCCUUAAAUAUAAUACAAAUACAUGUACUACCUUAAAUGAAACGUUCUACAUUACGGGUUUUAUGCAGGUGCAGUAGGUUCCUCCCUCAACAGCAUGCAUAAAGUAACCCAAGCUGAUCAUAGGCAAGGCAGUAUCCAUUGGCCAGAGGGGUAGUUAGCCAAUGAAGACUAAUGGACACUCCUCUGGCCAGUGGAUACUGCCUUGCCACCGUAUGAUCUGCUUGGAGAUUAGCAUAAAGUGGAAAUCACCAAGAAGCCUCUGGCAUCUGUGACAAGUUUAAUGUUAUGUUUCUGGUACCAUUCCUCUCUAUUACUUCCCCCUUCCUGGAGUAAAUACUUACUGGCACUGUAGAA